AUGGCGACCAGUAAUGAUCUUGAUGAUUUCUUCAAAAAGAAAGAUCGCAAAGUCAAUAAACACAAGAAACAAACUGGUUUAUUAACCAACAAUGAAGAAUUACUUAAACAAUUAGUGAUUGUCACAUCUGCAACAUCAGCAUUUAAAGAAAACAUGGAUUUUGACGACGAAGACGACGAGGAAUUUGCGACGAAUAAUCAUCAUCGUCAACAGUUCAUUGGCGAACCGAAUGGUAUCGUCGAUAUAAAUGAAGUAGCCUAUCCAGUUGUGAAUAAAACCCAUUCGCAUUUGACAUCAACAAAUAGUAAAACGAAGAAUACAGCAAAAUUAUCUGUUCAAGAUAAUAACAAUCUGAAUGAAAAAGAAACCGGUGUUGGUCAACAAGAUGAAUGGGAAGAGUUCGAAGAAUCCAAUUCGAAAUAUCACCAAUUACGUUUGAAAAUUUCACGUGGAACAAAUGAACAAAAUAACGGCGAAGAUGACGAAGAUAAUGAUGAUUAUUACGAUGAUGGACAUAAUCAAGAUGAGAAUACUGACGAGAAUCUUCUUGGCGCUGGUGGAGAAUCAUUAUCACGCAGUAAUCGACGACGUGAACAGCAAAACAAUAAACCUGUUUGGAAAUUAAAUGAAGUUAAAGCAGAUGACUCAGUACCAGCAACAAAUGAUACGACUGAUUCACCGUCGGAAAAAACCGAAGAACCAGUGGCACCAGCUAAGCCAGUUUCAACAGCUUAUCGGCCACCUGCAUUACGUAAUAAUUCAUCAAUUGCUGUUGUUGGAAACACGAGUCAACGAGCAUCGAAAAAAGAAAAACCGAAUCUAGCUUCAACGGAAGAAUUUCCAACACUUGGAGCUGCUGUUAAUAAAAAAUAA